AUGUCACGCGUUAACAAACCCCCACUCUCUAUCUCCCGUCUUUUAUGUAAUUUGAAGGAUAAACCUGAUAAGAUCGCAGUGGUUGUUGGCACUAUUACAGAUGAUAAUCGGGUGUUAGAAAUCCCCAAAAUUACUGUUGCAGCACUUCGUGUCACAAAGUCAGCCAAGGCUAGGAUUUUAAAGGCUGGUGGUGAAGUUCUUACCUUAGACCAAUUGGCUAUGCGUGCUCCUACCGGUUCAAACACAGUUUUGCUUAGAGGCCCUAGGAAUUCUCGAGAAGCCGUUAAGCACUUUGGCAUGGGGCCUCAUAAAAAUGCCAAGUAUGUCACCUUGUCAUAUUGUUUUUUUAGUUAUAAGUUUCUAAUGCUUAUUGUUUUUAUUUCACUUUUAACUACAAGACCUUAUGUUCGAUCUAAGGGUAGAAAAUUCGAAAAAGCUCGCGGUCGUCGAGCCUCUCGUGGUUAUAAGGUGUAA